CCUGGCAAGAAAGCAGAAGGUCGCAAAGUCUGUCGCCGCCUUGAUGCUGCGAUGCGGUUUUUAAACGUUUUCACUUUUAGUAGUUUGCAGAGACAAAGACACUCGGGGACGGCCGCAGUUGGCAUUAGCCCGAGCGUCCAGCAAAUACCGGAAGAGAGGGCGGGACGCGCGGAGCUGCGCAUGCGCCUUCCUGUCUCUCUGGGCCAAGGGAGCGGGAGUUUGCAGUGUGUGCUUUCCUAGCCUGGGUCUGCACUCCGGUGGCGGCGACGGCGGCCUAGCCGCGAAGUGCAACUGCUGGUGGGCAGGUGUGCUGAUGUCAACAGACUAUGAGCUUUCAGAACCUCUGGAGAGAAUACAAAGUUCUGAUUGUUAUGGUACCUUUAAUUGGAUUCAUACAUUUGGGGUGGCACAAAAUCAAAAGCAGCCCUGUCUUCCAAAUUCCUAAGGACGAUACCACUGAGCCAGAUAGUCUUGGACUUUCAAGUCAACCAAGGAGCCAAACGUAGCUGAAGUAGCAGCUUGCAGUUUUCAG